AUGAUUUGGAAGGCUGCAGUGUUACUGGGCGCGGCGGUAUGUGUGCUAGGGCAUGGCGUGGCUGUCUCCGAGCAGAAGUUGGAGCUGCGCUUCUCACCGGAGCAGCGCGGACACCACGGCGAGCUGGCCCACAUCGGGCCUCACGCGCCUGAACAUCAUGAAGAAUACGCUUGGUCGUAUCCCUCAUAUGAGUUCUCAUACAGCGUGGCGGACCCUCACACGCACGACUACAAGGGCCAGCAUGAGCACAGAGAGGGUGACGAGGUCCGGGGCAUGUAUUGGCUGCUGCAACCUGACGGGUUAAAGCGUAUCGUCAAGUACAAUGCCAACAAACAUACCGGAUUUCUAGCCGAUGUGCGUUACGAGAAGACUGGCCACGUUGCCCGCGGCGAGGAUCGCCGUGAGGAGCGCAGACAAGAAGUUCAACUACCAGAAGCCAGAGAAACGGGCCCUCUUGUACCAGUGGUCGAACACCAUGUUCCAGUAUUCAAACACCACAGCCCAAGAGCUGAACGUGAUGGACGCCAAGAAGAAAGCAGAUCAGAACGCAAUGAAGGUCGCGUUGAGGAGCGACGGGAAGAGCGUAGAGCGGAAAUGAGCGAGGGAAGCUGGGGAUGGAUAGGACACAUAGGUCGUGGAGAAGAACGAAGAGAGGGUCGUGGCGAGGAACGUCGUGGCGAGGAACGACGUGGUGAGGAACGUCGUGGAGAGGAACGACGUGGUGAGGAACGUCGCGGAGAAGAACGACGUGGUGAGGAACGUCGCGGAGAAGAACGACGUGGUGAGGAACGUCGUGGAGAAGGGCGUGGAGAGGGACGUGGAGAGAGACGUGGAGACGAACGUGGAGAGGGACGUGGAGAUGGACGAGGCGACGGACGUGGACAGAGACGUGGAGAAGAACAAGGUAAAGGAGGUUGGUUGAGAUGGCUAGAACACAACGAACGUGAGGGUCGCGGAGAGAACCGCGGUGAGGGCCGCGGUGAAGGACGCGGCGAGAGACGCGGUGAAGGACGUGUUGAGGGACGCGGCGAAGGACGUGGCGAGGGACGCGGAGAUGGACGCGGUGAGGGACGCGGUGAAGGACGAGGAGAUGGUCGCAGACUACCUAUGCCCAUUAGUCUAAGACCUAUUGAAAUUCGCAAAGAAGAGGAACCACGUCGCGAGGAACCGCGCCGCGUUGCCGAGGUACCACGUCGUGAACCCGAAAUAAAAUACAAGCAUAUCCCAAUAAUCAAUCAUAACAUUGUACACAACAAACCUGGCCCACGAGUUCUUGAAAAUUAUGUAAUGGAAGGACACGGUGACAGACGUCGUGGUGAGGAGCGUCGUGGAGAGGAACGUCGUGGUGACGAAGGUCGUGGCGAUGAACGUCGUGGUGACGAACGUCGUGGUGACGAACGUCGUGGCGAGGAACGUCGUGGCGACAAACAUCGUGGCGACGACUGUCGUGGUGACGAACGUCGUAGCGACGAACGUCGUGGCGAGGAACGUCGUGGUGAGGAGCGUCGUGGAGAGGAACGUCGUGGUGGAGAACGCCGCCGAGGCGACGAACGAAGUGAAAGACGGCGUGGCGAAGAGCGUCGUGGUGAAGAGCGUCGUGGCGAAGAGCGUCGUGGCGAAGAACGCCGUGGCGAUGAGCGUCGUGGCGAAGAGCGUCGUGGUGACGAACGUCGCGGUGGCGAAAGCGAACGCAGAUGGGAAUCCGAAAUUCUGCGUGAAAUUGAGCCCCGUCGUAGACAAAUGCAACCAUCACACCACCACAUGCCUUUAGAUCUACACAGCCAAAAUUUCCGUGUUCCUAGAGACAACAAGCCCCAAAAUACCGAAAAGAAGGCGGAAAAUACCGAAAAAUCUACUUAA